ACGGUUUGACCCUUGACGCUUGCCGUAGUCAAAGUAAGCGUCAUGGCGCCCGUGUCUACAAACUUUUGACGUGACAAACUUUUUUUUUUUUUUGAAACUGUUAUGUCAACUACAACGGAGUCUCGGACAUUUUCAUCCAGGUAUCGGAAAAACAAACAAACUGAAAGAGCACAAACAAGGAGAGUUGUGAUGUAAAAGCGUUUUCCGCGACGCUGACCGGGAGCAAAGAUGAGUGUGGCUAAGCUAGCCACUUUUCAACAAGUUAGCUAGCUGAACUUUGGUUUGGUGUAGCGACAUGGUUUUUAUUUUAAUGGACCUUCAACCGGCUGUAGACUAUUAAAAGUGCCUAUUUCUGGCUUCAGUGUAGAAUCAAAAAUGUGUCGUUUUCUACGCUACUGUGUCAGCCACUGCCUCCGCGCAGCGAUGACCCGGCUGGAGGAGGUCAACGGAGAGGUGAGCAUGUGGUCGUCUGUCCGGUGUCUGGGCUACCUGUCCGGUCUCAACCUGCUCGUGGCCCUCUGCUUGGGGCUGUACACGCGCUGGGAGAAGACUGCGGAGUCCACUCUCCUUGUCAUUUUCGUUUUGGCUCUCGCCGUCGUCGCAGUAGCAAGUGCGGUGUACUUCUUCAGGAUGGAGAGGUGCAGCCUCAGCCUCCUCCACCUGUUGUUCGGCUUCUUGCUGGGGCUGCAGUGUUUCCUCAGCGGCCCCGCCGUCGAGAGCGACCUGAAGGAGCAGGUGACCGACUACCUGCUUCUGGCCAGUGUGGCUCUGAGGACGCUGUGGGCGCUGCUGGACCGGCUGCUCGGCUGCACAAGGUACCGUCCUGCGUUCCUCACCUCGGCGGAGCGGCUGGAGCUGGCGGGGUUCGCCGCCGCCAGCACGGCCCUGCUCAUCCAGAAGUCCCUCAGUGUGAUGGUGCUGCUGGUGGCGCUGGGCAUGCUCAUGAUUGCCCUCCGGAUGAAGGCUCUCUUGGCUCUUCCCAACUUGGUCUGCUUCGCUGUGGUCACCGGCGUGUUGUUUUUCAAGUCUCUCAACAUCGCCACCAACCCUUUCGCCCUCGCCUGCUUCUUCGGCCAGCUCAUCUGUGACCCCCUGCUGGACGUCUACUUCAGCGGGCUCUCCGUGACCGAGCGCUGGCAGCCCUUCCUGGUGCGGAGGCGCCUCUGGCACCGGCUGUCACUCCUUCCUCUGCUGGCGCUGGAGGUGACCUUCGUGUCCCUGGCUGCACGGAAGCUGACAGACCUGAACCAGUGGUACCUGAUGAUCCCGGUGUUUGUCCUCUGUGCGCUCUUCUGGUUCAUCUGCCACAUGGUGUUUGCUAUCACAGUCUGGGGCUUUCACAGCAAACUCAGUGACUGCCAGAGGCUCUGCUUGUUCCAGGGGGCAGAGGUCAACAGUCUGGACAAAGUGAUGGCGUCAAAGGGCAUGAGGCAUUUCUGCCUCAUCUCUGAACGCCUGGUGCUCCUCACUCUGGUGUCGACUGUUGCUGUGGCUGUUCUCUGUUGGCAGGCCUCCAGCAGUAUCUUUGUCAGCCUGUUUCUACUCGUCCUGCCUCUGGAGUCUCUUUUUCACGGGCUUUUCCAUGAGCUCGGGAGCAGCCUGGGAGGAACCUGUGUGGGCUAUGCAGUGGUCAUCCCUACCAACUACUGCAGUCCUGAUGGUCAGCCCAUGCUGCUGCCUCCUGACCAGGUUCAUGAUCUGAACAAACGCUCUACAGGCAUGUUGAACAAUGUGCAGCGCUUCUUCGCCCAUCACUUCAUUGAGACUUUCGGCUGCGACUAUUCCACCAGCGGGGUGACCUUGGAGGCUCUGCAGGCCAAAAUCAAAUCCUUCUUGGAGCUCCGUACACCUGACGGGCCUCGCCACGACACCUACGUCAUCUUCUACAGCGGUCACAGCCACCGCUCUGGAGAGUGGGCGCUGGCAGGAGGAGACACUCUGCAUCUCGAUCAGAUCUUGGAGUGGUGGAGGGACAAGAACGGCAGCGCCUGUUCUCGCCUCAUCUUUGUGCUCGACUGCGACAACUCAUCUCCGUGGGUGACGGCGGUCAAAAGGGUGGAGGGACUGUACGUGGCCGUUCAGGGGGCGACGCUCGCUCGUGUGACGGACGUGGAGCUGCAGGACCCCCCUCAGCUCGGAGACUUCACCGCUCAGUGGGUGGAAUACAACUGCAACUCAAACAGCGCCAUCCAGUGGUCAGAGAGGGGAAGGGCGGUUUCUGCCACCUACGGCAUCUCCAAACACUGGAGCGACUACACGCUGCACCUGCCGACAGGAAGUGAUGUCACAAACCACUGGAGCUUGUACUUCCCUCGGAUGACCUACCCGGUGGUGCAGUUGGCGCUGUGGUGCGGCGGCCUGAACCUGCUGUGGCUCUGCUGUGUCUGCCUGAGAUGUCUGAAGAGAGUCAAACUCAACUGCUUUCCACCUGCGAUCUUGGACACCGGGCAGGGCUUCAAACUGGUCAGAUCGUAGAAAUAUGAUCAAUGGCUUUUUAUAUUCAGGAUUUUUAUAUGAAAAUGUUCUUACAGUAAAUGAGUUCCUUUGACCCAGGACUUAGGCAGCUAUUGCAUUGUUAACUUUGUUGCUAACCAGCAGGUUGUUUGUUACUAAAGAUCUAAUCACUUAGUUACUGAUUGAUGCAUUUUAAAUUAGCCUUUUUUUAUAUUUUUAGUUUUUAUAUUCUCUGAAAAUCAUUCUGUAUUUGUGUUUUUUAGCUUUAAUUUCAAGACCCAUCAAAUGUUAAUCAAUGUGUGCAUUGUGUAUGAAAACAAGCACACUGACUGAUUUUGCACAGUUGUAUCAUAUAUACUGUCCAACCUGAUUCCAGUGUGAUUUAAAAAAGUGUGUUGUGCCUUUGAUGAUAAAAUAUCUCCUUAACCGUAAACCAAAGAGGGCGAGGUACAUUUUGACGGGAGGAUCUCAGGCGUAAAUAAUAUAUAUUUGAAGCAGUCUGUUUCUAUAUUUAAAGUGUUAUAUUUUGAUGUGUCCUGAUCCCUCUGUACUGCACUAUGCAUUCUACACUCCAAGCCUUGAGCUUACUAAAUGCACUGCUUUGCGUCUGUUGUCCCAGCCUAUUGCGAGAAGCUUAUUUAGAAAUACUGUGCAGCUGCUUCAGGGAGCCCUAUACUGACGAUUGCACUACAAGCAGAUGUGUGAGAACUACAGUAUUUGUCAUAGUAAACCCUGGAAAUCAAAUGCAGCACACGAGAGGGUUUUCUUUUUCUUCCUGGGUUGGUUUAGGAGUUUACUCUGAUAUUUAAGUAUUUAACCAGUGUGAUGUGUUUGCAGAGUUUUAUAGUGAGAGAAUCUGAUGAAAGAUGUUCAAAACUAUGCAAUAAAGGGGGAAUAGGACUUUGCUGCUUUAACUAUGAA